CACCCCCCAUGGUGCAUUGGUGGUUCGCUACCCCUCUCUCUCUCGCAUUCGCAUGGUGGUUCAUGCAUGCCGCCUUGCUUCAGAUAGUAGGUAUAUAGUACGUUGAUGGGGAUCGGAGCUGCAGGCAGGCAGGGAUAGAUUCAUGAAGACCGUGAGGUAGAUCUAUCGAGCAUGCCAUGGAUGACGACGAUAGCAGUACUUUCAAUUCUCUCCUCUACUGCGACGAGGAACCUUUCGACUCCACGCCGCCGCCACCGGAGCAGCAGCAACGGCGGCAGCUGGCAGUAAGGACGCCGGACGACGACGACGAGGAGGAGGUGAUGGAGUACUACAAGGCGAAGCAGAGGUCGUACGCUCCGCAGAGAGAUUACUGCUUCUGCCUGCAACAGCAGCAGCAGCAGCUUCAGCAUGGCGUGUCCACGGCCAGGCUCAAAGCCGUACGCUACAUCAUCUACGCAAUGGGCAGGCUGGGACUGGAUGCAUCGACGGCGUUCAACGCAGUCAACUAUCUGGAUCGCUUCCUCUCUAUCAAUUGCCAUCUGAGGUGGGAGGAGUGGAUGGUGGAAGUGGUGAGCGUGGCCUGCCUCUCCCUCGCAUGCAAGCUGGACGAGGUCACCAUCCCCUCGCUCCACGACCUUCAGAUGGAGGAGGCGAUGGGGCACUCGUUCCGGCCGUCCACCGUCGGGGACAUGGAGCUCACGCUGCUCAAGGCUCUCCGGUGGCGCCUCGCCUGCGUCACUCCCUUCUCCUUCCUCCUCCCCGCCGCCGCCACCGCCGCCGCCGCCGCUUCUCACAUCCUCCUCCGCUCCCUCUUGGACCCUUCCUUCCUCCGGUUUGAUGCCUCGCUGCUUGCUGCCUCUGCUCUUGUAUGCACCAUUCAUCCACAGCCUCAUCAUCUCUCCGCCCAUGUCAACCGUCUCAUCCAUCCAUUGCGCCAAACGGAUCAUGAGGUCAAGGAGUGCUUCAACAUGAUGAGAGAACUUAAUUUGGAUCUGUCCAACAAUCCUGGCAGGUGUACUGACCAGUUGUGGAGUCCGAUUUCAGUAGUUCCCUUCCAGACUGACGGUACAGUUAACAGGUCAGCAGUAAGCCGACGCCUAUUCGGCGGAUUAAACCCAGAAGUUGGUGAUAAUACAGAGGAAGACAAGGAUAGUGGACUAUGCACAUUUGUUCAAGAGAUGAAGUGAUCUCAUAGCUAAAAGUGAACUAUCCACUGAAAGCAUUAACCUAAUUGGAAAUGGGAGGAUAUUAACAUUAUUAUAUAUUCGUUUACUGUACCUAAUCAGACAAAGUAAUGUGUUUUGUGUAUUUAUAUUCCUUGUGUAAUAUCAGUCCUCGCUAAAAGCAUGCACAUGUAUUUGUGUUGUGCGUGCUCCUCAAUUUCAUGUUUCAACAGUUGUACAAGAGUUAUGUGUGCAGAAUAUUUCAUUUGUAAAAUGUAACAUUGGUCGAGUAUAAUGUAUAUCGUCAACUAGAAUAUAUACAUAUGUGACUG